GCAGCAUCAGUGGCGAGUGGAGGGAAGUUCUGAACUUUGCUAGCUGGCCCUUUUUUUCCUCUGUUUUCCUCCACAAACUGGGUCACUGGAAGUCCCGGAAGCAGGUGUGGUUCUGGGGUCGGAGUCAGUUAUCUGUGAGUCAGAACGUGACGUCGCUGCUGUGAUUUCCUUUAUUUCGCUGGUCGGUUCUUUUCGAGUCACUUUUGGAGCGACUGCAUGUAGCUUCACUUGACGGUUCUGAAACUCAGCUGACCGUACCGCCGGUCCACAAUGAUGUCGCAGCAAGACGGCGGUGUCCCAGGGUCGACUCGCAAGAGGUUCGUCGGGGUUGUGGUUCUGCUGAUCGGACUGUUCGCCGCCUCGGUUUGGACCGAAGAAGCCUCCUGUCAGGGAGCUUAUGACCUCUACUUCGUGUUGGACAAGUCCGGGAGUGUGUCGGCCGACUGGUUUGAGAUCUACUCCUUCGUGAGGAAUCUGACGGACAGAUUCGUGAGUCCCAGCAUGAGAGUUUCCUUCAUCGUGUUCUCAGCUCAGGCUCAGGUUCUUCUCCCACUGACCGGUGACAGGUACGAGAUAGAAGAAGGUCUGCGGCGACUGCAGGCCGUCUCGCCGGCUGGAGAGACCUACAUGCAUGAGGGCAUCGAAGCGGCAUGUGCCCAGAUAAGGACUCAGCCCAAGUCCUCCAGUAUCAUUCUGGCGCUGACCGACGGCAAGCUGGCGCCGUAUGUGCAUGAGCUGACCAUGAAGAAGGCUGAAGAGGCGCGCACCUUGGGCGCUCGCGUCUACUGUGUCGGCAUCAAAGACUUUGAUGAGGAGCAGCUUUCUGACGUCGCCGACACGAGGGACCAAGUCUUCCCAGUCAAAGAUGGCUUCCACGCUCUCAAGGGCAUCAUCAACUCAAUACUGAAGCGGUCGUGCACCGAGAUCCUGAGCGUGCAGCCGUCCAGCGUGUGUGUCAACGAGUCCUUCGACAUCACGCUGCGAGGAAACGGCUUCAUGCUCGGACGCACCAGCGAGGCUGUCGUCUGCAGCUUCAUCGUGGACCAGCAGACCUUCAAUCACAAGCCCACCUACGUCACAAACAACCGCAUGCUGUGUCCGGCUCCUAAACUCUACGAAGUAGGACAGACCAUGGACGUUCUCAUCAGCUUGAACAACGGGAAGUCCUUCUUAUCCAGCACCCACAUCAUCACCGCCACCACCUGUAGCGACGGGCUGGUGGUUUUGAUUGUGAUUCUGGUUCUGCUGCUGCUGGUCGCUCUAGCCCUCAUGUGGUGGUUCUGGCCACUCUGCUGCACUGUGGUCAUCAAAGACCCGCCGCCGCCGCCGCCCCCUUCGCGCCCCCCCCCACCUGAGCCAGAACCGCUGCCCAAGAAGAAGUGGCCGACCGUGGACGCGUCCUACUACGGAGGGCGAGGAGCCGGCGGGAUCAAGCGCAUGGAGGUGCGCUGGGGCGAGAAGGGCUCGACGGAGGAGGGGGCCCGGCUGGAGAAGGCCAAGAACGCUGUGGUGUCCAUGCCUGAGGAGUCUGAGGAGCCCAUGCUCCGCCGACCCAGAUCCACACCAGCCCCUGCUGCAGCCCACGGCCAGAACAAAUGGUACACACCUAUCAAGGGUCGUCUGGAUGCCGUCUGGGCUCUGCUGCGGCGUCAGUACGACAGAGUGUCUGUGAUGAGACCCACGUCUGCAGACCAGGUGCGUGUGCGUGCGUGUCUUCACGGUACUUGUCCAGCUUCACACCAGAACCAGAACCCCAUGUCUGCAGUCAUGGUUUUAGAACUGAAUUCUUAGGAGUCAUCUGGAGCCGUUUUUAGCUCCAACACAAAUGAACCGGAUCAAAGUUGGACCUGUCCGGUUGAUUCUGGUUGGGGAGUGGGGGAAAGGCGGAGAGUCCUCCCUUUGAUGGCGGACAGGAAGUCUCGGGGGUCGUGAAUAUUCAUGGUGUGUGAGAUACAAGGACUCGUACAGGUGUAAGGAGGUAGGUUGUUGUCGGCAUCUGUUCCGCACAGAGAGCCGUGCGUCCACAUCCCUCCCGCCCCCCCACACCACUCUGACCACUGGCCCUCCGGCCCCCCCACCAACAGACCGCUGGAACCGAAGCGCACCAGCGAGCUUAGCGAGAGAGAGAGAUGUGUGUUUUAUUUUUCGGUCUCACAUCAAGUGCCUGAGGGCGUUCGACACCAAAGGUAGAGUGGGGGGGGCACAGCUGCGGCCCCCCCUCGCCCCGGGCACAAAUAAAGAGAUCUGAUGUGGGCUGACUGAGGAGCGGGUGAGAGGGGGAGUCGGCAGCCACUUCAGAGCCAAGUUGGCACGGCAACAUCUGCCGCCAAGUUCAGCCCUGAUCCACCGGGACACAGGUGGGGGGUGAGGGUGGUGGAAGGGGGAUAUUGUUUUCUCACCCUCUCUGAAGCAUCUGUCUGAAACCUGUCCAACAUACACACACACACACGUUCGUAUUUCUAUCUUCUUUAGGAGGUGUCUCAUUGCCAUCUCUCUUUAAUCCUGAACAUCCAAAACAAAUAGCUAACCUUAACCAGGAGUCUGAACCAAACUGAAACCCAGUUAUAAUGACCUACUUAUCUUGAAGUCUUCAUCCCAAGGUUGAGGCUUUGCCUCGUGGGGACAGGCAAAAUUGUACCUACAAAGGCAUAAGGACCCCACGAGGACUUCUUAAUCCCCGGAAUUGGUCCUCACAAGAAUAUCUUAAGCCAAUCUCUCUCUUUCUUGCGCUGUCUUUCUCACUCUCUCACACACACAUAGACACACACCAUUGUCUUCCUAUCUUAGUGAGGACCAUUAUUGAGAUAACCUCGAACUAUCUAAAACAAAUGGCUAAAGUUAACCUUUAUUUACUCUGAAACGCAAUUAUAAUAACAGCUAUUUUGGAGUUUUAACCCUCAAAAUGAGGCUUAGCAAAGUGAGAACUUGCCAAAAUGUCCUUACUCUGUUGAUUAAAAACUCAUUUAGGUUCUCACAAACAUGGAAUACACACACAGAUCUGUUUUGUUUUUCUAUGAUUGUGGGGACAUUGUAAGGUUUCUCAUUGCCAUAACCUUUUCCCCAGCUUCUCCUCCUAAACUUAACCGUCCAAAACACAUGGCUAACCUUAACCAGGACUCUGAACCAAAGUGAAACCCGGUUAUGGGGCCCAGUUAUUUUGAAGUCUUCAUCCUCAAAUUGAGGUUUGGACCUGUCAGGACCGGCAAGAGGUCCCCAUGAGUUCAUAAGGUCCCCACAAGGAUAGUGCUUUGUCAAGAAUUGGUCAAAGCAGUAUAAACAAGCCCACACAGAAACACACACAUUUGUCUUCCAAUCUUAGUGAGGACUGUCAAUGACAUACAAUGUCCUCACUUUGCAAAAAUGUCCUCACUCUGUUGAUUAAAAACUCAUACAGGUCCUCACAAAGAAAAAAGUACAAGAAUACACACACAGGUGCCACUUCUUUCAACUGGUGUUCACACACUUGCUGCAUCACAUUUGAUAGUAGCCCGCUCACAGUCACCACUUCUACCUGGGACACACACACACCCACUGAUGUGGGAGUGGGAGUGUGUGACUCGAGCGCCCCCUAUCUUCAGGCCCGUCUUGGUCCGGUGCCGCUCUGGACCUCAUUAGUGGCCGCGGCGUCUCGUUAGCGGCAGGAGCGUGCUGACAGCUCGGCCGGGCCCAGACUUGACAGCUCCGGCCGCCGCGGCCUCCGUGAGGUGAGGGAAAGUAGGGCAGAUGUCUGUGGCUGGUUGGAAAUUUGAUAAUGACCACCAUGUUACCCCCCUCCCUCACCCGUCCGACGCACGCGUGGCGACCUGGCUGCUAACACGAUUACCGCUCUGCAAACCAGGAGGCUAAUUGUUGAUGUGAGCAAAGCAGAGCGGCGGCCUCGAGAGGGGACGUCGGGUCAGGACGAGAGGAGGGGACGAGCGGCGGUGGCUGACAUGUCAGGUCCAUGAACUUACUCCAAUCAGACGGAGAAGACCAGUUCUCCAUGAGCUAGCGACAGCUAAGACACCAAAACACACCUAGCAUUUGGAACGGCAUCAACACACACGCACUGAGUACACACUCUCACACGUUUGUCUCGCUAUCCCUGUGAUGUCCUCUCCCCCUAAACCUAACCAUCCAAAGCACAUGGCUAACCUGAACCAGGACCAAACUAAAACCCAGUUAUUAUAAACUACUUUUAUUGAGGUUUUAAAAAGCCUUGUGAGCACAGGCCAAAAUGUCCUCACAAGGAGGUGGCUUGUCAUGACCUGGUACUCUUCAUUAUGGCAAAACAUGCCCACACUCACACUCUCACACAGAGAACACACGGCAGAGUGGAGUCUGAGUCUUUCUGUUCAGAAAUAAUAUUUCUCUCUGGAUGGUUUUUGUUGUCCAUAAUUGUUGUACAGACAAGAUAAUAAAGCCAAAAUGGCUUUAUAAAAAAAAAACAAAAACAAAAAACAUUUCUGUCAAGAAUGAGAUUAUGAUUUAAAAUGUGCAAGAUUUUCAGCAUUUUCAAUAGUAGUUUAGGAUGUAUUUCAGUGUAGGUGAUGUAAUUCAUGUAUUUCCAGAGAGGCGCUUGUGAAUAUGGAUUUCAGCUUUUGUUUCAGAGGGAUUCCUCGCCUGAGGAGGAACGCUCCCCGUCUUGGUGGUAAACAAGCAGACAAACAAACCUUCAUGCGUUCAUCGGUGUGUUUGAUUGAAUCUGCUCCGAAGCGGAGAAUGAAAAAAAAGGUUUUGUUCCUGCUGCAAACACGGCGCGCUAAUCCCGCUCAACAAGCUUUAAUACCGCCGCAGAUGAACUCUGGUCUUGCCGCGGUCCCUGGGGAGCGAAGAAUCUGUCGGUGUCUCUUUAAUUUGUUGGCAGAUUUAACGUCGUUUAUGGCGGCGCCGCCGACCUCCGCCGACCUGUGCUCGCUCACUUCGGGAUUAGGUUCUUGUUUGGGCCGUAAAUCUGUCCUGGACAGGUUCCCGGCUGGAAUGUUGUUUUGGGGGUUGCUCUCUUCCUCUCCAUUAGUGUUUGGGUGGCCCGGACUGGUACCUGCACCCCCGUGGCCCCCGCCUCCCCACGUGCCUGAUCCGAUGUGAACUGAUGUCCUGCCGGUGCCUUUUUUCCCAGAACCCCUCAGACCGGUCGCGGCAGCGGCCGUUUCUUCAUCACACAUUAAAAUCACUGCCGCGCCGUUCGGCGGCAGCCACGAGGAUCCAGGCUUUAAUUAAAUUACAUUAUUGUUAACGUCAGCCGGGGCGGGCCGCGCCCCCCCCGCACCCUCACGUACUGAAGGACGGGGGUGGGGGGAUCACUGGUUCCCGCAGUAAUCUAUUCUAAUGCCCCCCGCUCGCCCAUUGAAUUAACAGGCGCAGCACUGUUAUGCGGCGAAUAUGUUCACAGUGAAUAUUGGAUGAGCUGCGUUUGUAUACAUGAGCACUGCACGGCAGCUAAUGUGGCGCGAAGGCCGCUGGUGUGAGAGCCACUUCCUGUUUCCUGGAGAACGUGCAGGGUGGCUGUGAGAUGCUCCUACCAGGCUCUGAGAGUUAAAGAAGGUGAGGACCUCCCCGGCGGCCCCCAACGCUAUUAAGAGCCGAGCAGCCAAGUGAAACUAAUAAGGCCAUUCAGCAGCUCCCAGACCCGGGUCUGAUCCAGCUGCUCCCCACUGAUCUGCUUGAUCAUCGCGUCGUCUGUACUGAGACAGUCAGUUUCUCGUUCACUUGGACCUGGAGUCUAGGGCCUUCACCCCUCCCGAACAUGUAGCUCUGCUUCUUCUUCCUGGUGAAAUGUGGUGGAGCUGCUCAGGUGCUGCAGCUCUCUUUCUAGCAGAUGGAUGUCCACAAAUCCAAGUCAGGCUGUGGUCCGGUGAAGGUCUCCACCGUCAGGUCUUUAUUCCUCGGCUUCUCCGUCCUCUUCUUCACGGGGUCCAAGUCAUGAUACCCUGACAAUCUAGUUCCUCCCAGUGCUGGAGAACAUGGCGCAGCUGACCUCCAGUCUGUUGUCACCUGCCGCUCGCCCCAUGCCGCUGGACGUCCGGCUCCUCUGGCGCCAGCAGCGCCCGUCGUCGACAGAUGUAGUGUUGUUCUCCCGCUGCUGCCGCCUCACAUGGUCUCAUGAAUAAGUGACACUCCUUCAUAAUGGAUGCAGAGAUGCAGAUGUGACAGUCGCUGGCACAAAGGCACUGAUUUGAAAUCCAGCUGAAGUGGAUCCAGAUGUGCGUGUCAGUGCCGCUAACAAGUCUCAGCUUCCAAAUCUUUCCGGGAUACCGGAGCGUCGAGUCACCGUGACUGUUCAGCUGCUGGGAAGCUGAGAAGAAGUUUCCUCGCGGUUCUGAUCCGGACCAGCUGACUGGCUCCUGUUUCUCACAAGUCUCCUAAAGUCAUGUGACCUAAACGCCGACUCACGAGCGGGUCGAUCCGUUGCUGGGCCGAGCUCCUCUCGAUCAAAAAUAAUUUGUGGUGUUAGCCUGCUGCCGAGCGGCACACAGUCGCACACAAAUCGGAAAACAAAAGUCUCAGUGUUGUCAAGUCGUCUUCCUCCGAGUCCGGCACUGUCGAUCACAGAUGUACUGAGUUCUCCUCGACUCAGUGGUGUUAACCCGUCAGCUGUCCACACACGCACGCACACACAGUAUUUCCAUACUGAGCUCGAGUCUCACUCUUCUCUCACUCAAAACUGGGCCAGCUGUCUCUCUGAAAAACCCACCAACACACACAAUCAUGUUUGUAUCUCUAUCCUUGUGAGGACCUCUCAUUGCCAUAACCCUUUCCCCAGUUUUCAUCCGAAACCUAACCCCCCAAAACACGUGGCUAAUCUUCACCAUGGCUCAUUAUAAUUGGGUUUCAGCUUGCUAUUUUGACAUUUGGAUUUGUGGGGUCAGGUCAAAUGGUCCCCACAAGUGAGAAUCAACCUAACUGGUUCAGUCUCUCGCUCAAGUUGCGUCCUUGUCAUUUUUAUUUGUAGCUUUCCUUGUUGACAUUGUUGUCAUGGCUGCUGUCGUGUCUGAAGUUGUGGCGAGCUAGUGUCCUGUACAAGAUGCUUGUGUGUUCCUGGGAACUUCCUCUGCAGGAGCAGCACUUGUUGUUGGUCUUUGGAGGCCUAUGAGAUGUUCCCCGGCCAGAGCAAGCGUUGACACUGGUGGAAUGAGGAGUUGAGGUUCUCCGUGGGUUGCUAAGCGGAGGUUGUGGUGCUGAGAUCUGCAGUGAGAGCCUCAGUCUCCUGGUGAGCUAGAGCUAGCCGCCUCGCCGUCAGGUCCGGCGCCGCCGCUUCAGUGUCCCACCGGCCAAUCUGGUAUAAUGAGACGCAGGCUGCGGGCAGCGAGGACGUCCCAGCCACCAACAUAUGCAAAUAAAUUAUCAUAAUCUCGCAGCGCUCGGCGCGGCAGCGGCGCUCGACCUGGUGUUGACCCGGCGCUGUGAUUAAACAGUGUAAUCAGCGUUAGUGUGGCGCUCACACGCCGCAGAGCAGACGCUGACGUGGAAGCAGAUGUAUGGAAAUAUGUCGGGCACAGAUGUUGGAUCACACGCUGCCAACCGCGGCGCCAACAGUCGAUCUCAUCCCCCCAAAUUUCACCUAUCACUCGUUGGUCCCCUGGAGGUGAUGGACGGUUCUAAAGUAGCAACUGCAGCGAGGUGUCUCACGGCCGACAGGUUGGAGUGCACAAAGAGAAAACCUAGCUUCUUAAAUCCAAAAUAAGCCUAAAGCUUCUCAGCCCAGCCAGAACCCGGUUUCCUCCAGAACCUGGGCUCAGUUUGAAAGAGUGCCUCAUUUAAACUCUAGGUUUUGAGGAAGUUCUUGCUUAGAGCCUCGGAGACUCACUCCCACGCUCAUGUGUUCCAGUGUCCCAAUGUAGCUGGGGGAUCAAAACAUCUGGUUCUAUUUGAAAACCCAUGAAUCCAACUUUUGUUCCCCCUGAAGUUUGCGCUUUUGAGGUGGAUUUUUGUCCCAACUGUUCUGGCUGUGGGUGCGUGUUGGCUAAUGUGCUAGAUAGGCUAGCGAGCCGCCCCCUGCUGGCCAGUGCGUGCAGAUGUCAGUGAUAUUUAGCGCUGGGGUGAGUCAACGCCACAGUGAGUGCCCCCUGCAGGCAAGAUGUUGUUCUGCGUUAGCGUUCAGUGGCGGUGCCCGAGGUUCCCUGGCGUUAGCAUGAGGCAGCGAGUUUACGGUGGAGUCGCCCUGAAACCAACGCAGAGCUUAUGCUUCCUCUGCGGUCUGUGCCGGUCACCCCUGGCAUCGGCCUGUAAUCUGAGAGUACAGAUGAGGCCGGCGGGCGGCGAGGACGUUGAUGUGAGCCGGCAGUUGGAGGAGGCGCCGCAAAAGUGCCGGCGCGAAACACUCGAGUCGCUCUGAGCUUGUUUGUGGUGUUGAAGAUCGGUCGAUCCUCUUUUGCUGAUCCAGUCUAAGUGCUCAUCUGUUGCCGGGUGGAGCCAAGUCGAGACAAAUUCUCACAAAUGUAGUCCUGGGUCCGUCCUAGGUAGGUCUGGUGGGAACGUCAGAGAGAAGAAAAGGUCCUGGACUCCACUAGACUUCUGGACCAGACCCGGGAGCGAAAACUGGAGUGUGCAUGUGUGUGUGAGCUGGCGUGUUGUCGUCAUGGUGACAGAAGACCACCACGUCACAUGACUGCUGCCCGCCCCAGCCCUGCAGCGGCAGCUUGUUUGGGGGCUCAGUGUUCGUCUGAACUCCAACAUGGCCACCACCGCCACCAUGUAGCUGCAGCUGUUUCCUGCCGGGGGUACCCUCCCCCUCCCGCCCCCUCCUCGCCGCUGCCACCGCGGCGCCGCCAGUCUCUGCGGCUUUGUAAGCGUAAGUGCACAUCAUUGGCAGCUAAAAGCUGCGGGCAGCACUGCGCGGUUUGUUCCAGAGAAAUGCCAACGGUUCUGGCGAGGACGCGGCGCACAGACGGCACAGAUGGCACUAAUGGGCCGGCUGAGUCCAAGCGAACGGCAGAACCGCGCCGCUGCUCCAUCCAAAUAACUCUAGUGUGAAGGAGAGCGCAGCCAAGGCGGCGCUGCGCUCCCUCUUGUCGGCGCCGCGGCAUCAAGAAUUAAAAGUGAUAAAAUAAUGAUAAGGGGGGCCCGAGGGGAGGUGGAGGGCGGCGCCGGCAGAACCAACACUGGAUGGGUUGUUCUCUGAAGUGGGACCCGGCUCUCUCAGCGUCAUUCUGCCAGCCGGCUGAUGGGCGGCCCGCGAGCUGACAGAUGGGUCUGCGACACUGUACUGAAGUCCACCUGCUGCCCAGUCCAACAGAUGUUUCCACCAGAACCGUCCAGAACUUAGGACCUGAAAAUGAUGGAGCAGGUGCCCCACGUCCACUUGGAGGUGCCGAUCGUCAUCAUAGACUUUGUGUUGAGUGUCAGAGGUCAAAGGUCACCUCUCAGCUGUAGCCUGUGAUCAGCAGUGGAAGGUGGCUGGUUCAAAUCCCAUUUGUAAACAAGAUGAACAAAGUUGCUCCGCAUUGGUCGCAAAGUCGAGUGAGAGUGUUUUUGUGAUGUUGGGCCCCCAGACAUCCAAAACACACUAUUGUUGUCGUGGUCCAGCGCCACUCACUUCUCCUCACUGUUGAUGGGAGAAGUUAUCUGAAGAUGUUUGUGUCGCUGUGGCAACAUGGGCUAAUGUUGCUUUGAAUCCCCAAACCUCUGCAUGAUUUAGUGCUGCAGCACCAGGCCUUGUGUUCAUGUGGUCCUGACAGUCUAUUUGACGUCUCUGAUGGCUGGGGAUUGCGUGGGAGGGUGGGGGGUUCAGGUGGACCGCCGCCCCGCCAACAUGGCCGUGUUUCAGCGAUCUCGCGCUGCCAAGUCCAGACUCGAGGCAUCGGUGCAGGUCUGACCGUAUUGUGCUGCACCUGCUACUACACCCCCCGCACCCCACCUCACGCCUGUUUCCUCCUCUGCACCGCAAAACCCGUCAAAUCCACUGAACUUAGCGGUUCUGGAGGCCGCGGCCAAGACGACAUCUGAGGAGCCGCAUUUGUUGACUGAGGGAGAUUAGAUGGAGGCUCUCACACACACACACACACACACACACGCUCUCUCUCUCUCUUUCUCUCUCUCUCUCACACACACACACUUUUCUGUAUCUCUGUCCUUGUCGGGAUCUCUCAUUGCCAUAACCCUUUCCCCAGCCUCUCCCACUAAACCUAACCAUCCAAAUCACAUGGCUAACCUGAACCAGGACUCUGAACCAAACUGUUUGUAAUGACCCAGUUAUGUUGAAGUCUUCAUCCUCAAAUUGAGCCUUAACCUCGUGGAGGUUGGCAAAAAUGUCUUCACAAAAGCAUAAUGGCUCCUCAGGGAGGUGUUUUGUCAAGAAUUGGUCCUCACAUGGACAGAUAAACAAGCACGCGCGCACCGACAGUCCAGUGGCCGGCUGCUGGGUUUGUUGUUCUGAACUCUCAUGGUUCUUCAGUCAGGCAACGCCACACUGUUGCAUGUCCUUGCACACUUGUCACUGCUAACAAGACAGUCAAAGCAGAAGCUGGUUUCCUGUGUCAGAGCGCCCUCUUGGUGUCAGUGAAGACCUUGUGUCACUCGGAAUCUUCCUUGUUUCCAGGGUCGCUGUAUGAACUUCAGUCGAGUCCAGCACCAGUGACGCCCUCGCGCCUCUCCUCCCUCGCUGCUGAUGUCACUCUCUUCCUCCUCUGAGUCUGUGCUGGAGACGCGACAGAACCGCAGGACUAGUGUACCGGUCCCAACUCUCACCAGUGCCCGCCGCGUGCCGGCGGCAGCGCCUGCCGUGGCCUCUCGCACGCCUGACGCCUCGUGCCCCUGCGGGACACCUCUCCUCAUGUGGACUCGGGUCAGGAGUUAUUGGAGCGUUAUUCCACCGCGGGACCAGUUCUGACCGCCGGCGCCACGUUUGAGGGAUUGAUGGCUUUCAGAAGUUGACAUGGUGCCCGGCGUCCCACAAGCUGCUCGCCAAAGCGGAGAAGAUAGCGGCCGGUUGAUAGGUCCGGGUGCCGCGCCCUGGACGCUCCCGGCGCUCGGGCCACGUCGGCACUGUAAUUUCAAAGUUUAAUUAAAAUAAUUUAAAGCAACAGCGAGCAGCCGGACGCCCGAUGACCCGGUACGGACGCGACGUAGCGGGUUCGACGGACGGAUGAGCAUUGUUCACUCCCAGAAAUAAUGUCGCCCCCGAAAUCAGGCUGCCUCCCCUAUAUGUUGAAGCCCAAAGAUGGGGUGCGGGGGGAGCGGCGGCGUCACUUCGGAUCUCGACUUCAGACGUGAGCCGGAGAUUCGAGUGGAAACCUGACAAAGCGCCACUGCUUUGACGGGAAACGGUAUGGACAAUGACCGGUGGCGGGGUCAGUGGGACGUCUGCGAGCGGCCGUGUCACAUGACACCAAAAAUAAGUUCAACAACCAUCAAGUUUGAGGGGCGGGCACGAAGGCGGGGCGGGGCGGGGCGGGUGGCGCAGACGAACCGUCCUUUGUUGUCACCAGAUUUUCCUGGAAAGCCGCCGGAGGAGCAGAAACGUCACUGAGGCGGGAUCCCCCACACGUGGCUGCUGUCGAGUCGCACUCCAGACGUUUGCGAACAAACGCAAGGCCCAUUCUUCGAACACACAAUGCAACGUGAGUGUGUUUACUCCUUUCAAUUCUCUUGUCGUCUCACCACAUACUCAGCAGAGAAAGGGUUUUGUACUGAGUCGUUGUCACGUUGCUGACUCACCUGCGCUUGUCCUGCACCUGUGUCGUCGCUCCCUCUGCACCUGUGUGACGUUUUUGUACUUUUAUAUCCAACAUGUCUUUUUAAUAAACACGAAAAUACACUGUUGUGUUGGGUUUCUGGGGGUGUGUGAGAGCGUGUGUGUGUGAGUGUGUGUGCUGAAGGCCAUCUUUAAUUGGACCCAGGCAGAUUUAUCGGCCCCGACAGGGAACGUGAUUAUUCAGAUUGUGGACAGAAGAAUGGACAGUGUGCGGCCACACCACAGGCAACACACACUCACGCACGCAUUUGUAGCGCCGUCCUUGUGGGGACCUCUCAUUGCCAUAACCCUUUCCCCAGCCUCCCCUCCUAAACCUAACCAUCUAAAACACAUAGCUAACCUUAACCAGGACUCUGAACCAAACUGAAACCCAGUUAUAUUGAUCCAGCUAUUUUGACUUCAUCCUCAAAUUGAGUUUUAACCAUUUCUAGUGUGUUUCUAAGAAUUGGUCCCCACAAGGUCAUCUGUACGGACGCACUGGCACACAUCACGGCUGCAUCAUUAUUUCAUACCUGCGGGUUCUUCAUCCUCUUCUUCCUCAUUACCAUCCCCCACCACUCAGAACUAUUCCCCCGUUGUAUAGUCCAGAACUUUGACCCAAGUCCAGAGUUGCCCAACUGAGUCCAGCAGUCUGUUCCUGUCAGUGGAUCAUGUGAGCGGUCAUGAGGUCUCACCCGUUCACCCUCUGAUCCAUUCAUCCCUUCACCUUCCUCCUGCUGCGGCUCUGGCUCUGAACAGUGGUCGCAACUUCUUGCAUGUGGGACUCGAACCGCCGACACUCCAUCAUGGUUAAUACCUUGUGCGGUAACGAGGCGCCAUCACUCACACUAACGACGAUUAGCUGCCUCGUUAAUUGAGUGGGCUCUUCAGAACCGGCGGCUCUUUAACGAGCGGCUCCGUUAACGAGGCGCCGCCAAACUCCAUCUUCAUUUGCACUUUGUGGAGCGGCGGCCAUCAAUCUGGCGCA